AUGGCCUUCCAGAUAGACCAACACACACAGGAGAUAAUGAUGACAUUGGUCAGCCAGAUAGGCAAUGAAAUCAUGCAGAGGAAGAAGAAUGAAUCGAAUUUAACUGUCUCAAGGUUUGGUAUUUUGGAAACAACUUUUGAGUCUUUUCUUAUUGCUGCGGUGGUGCUUGACAGAAAGGCAUUGGGGGACUUGGGACCAGAGCAUGCUUCGACCUGUUAUUAUAUCUAA